GUUUACCCCACACACACUUCGAUCAAGCUCCUCCGCCCCCUCUCGUUCGCCCGUCGCACAAGCUGCCAAGAUCAGGUCUUCCUCUCCCUUCCACCGUCGCGAGCAUCCAUCUCUGUUGCUGGGUACGACGACUCUGCGAGGCGAGGAGACAUCUUGGAGGCUUGAACCCUCAAAGUACGCUCGAUGAUAACCUAAAUCCCUGCAGACUUUUCAUUCCGAUCCGGUCAGAAUCGGCCGGGGAUAUUUAAUGGAUAAAGGAUGGUGCAUCAUUUACAACAAUAAGAUUGUAAAGUUUCUUCUGUCGAAAGAUGCAUCAUUUCCAUAAGAUGGAAAUUGCUUGUGGCAUGCCACCUUGUUCAGGUCUAUUUUUGUUCAAGCCUUUCACUGUCUCAAUAACAUUUCACCGGCCAUGGAAGACCAAGUUUUCCAUUGUUAAGAAUACUGGACGAGCUGUCACAAAAUCACUUUCGAGUUCUAAUCUCAUUUGUGCAUCAUUAAGAAGUAAUGGCCAUCCUAGAUUAUCUUAUGGAGGUGGUUUUGACAAAGAACCAUUUUGGAUAAAUGUGGUGAAGGAUAGUGCAUGGAGUUUGAAAUCUGUAGCAGUAUUCUUAGCUGAGCAGCCUAGCCAGAUAAAGUACAUAGAGUGGCCAACAUUUCAAAGCACGUUGAGGACGGCCAGUCUUACCCAUGUUCUUGUGGCUUUGCUCAUUGUUGCUUUGUCCUCUGUGGACUCGUGUCUUUGUUAUAUUUUGGCUUUGCUGCUCAGGAGAACUGCUUAGUUACAGAGCUUUUGUAUGCCGUCGACCUCAGCGGCGAUGCAAUUUCAAGUUGUGGAGCAUGAAACUAGCAAAACGUAAUGCUUAAAUCUUAAGGGGCUGAAUUCUGAAGUUACUGUGCCACGACUGAUUUUACUUGUUGACAUCAAGAUAUUUGGUUGGAUGGUUUCUAACAGUUAGCUCGUAGCAUGACAUUUUCUUCUAGCGACUCGUGCAAGUUUCUCAUAACUCAGGAGCUCAACCUGAUGGAUGUAGAAAUGAACCUCGAGAGGAUUAGAUAUGAGAACUAAGCAUUAAAGACGAAACUCAGUGUGAUGUUCAGUUUGUGGUAGGCAAUACUUAGCUUCCAUAAGCUGAAGGAGAUCAAUCUGUUGCUACACAUGCAGUAAACUAGAAAAGGCCGCAAGGGAAUGACUUCUCUAGCAAGACUUACCUGAACUCGGCCGAAGGCAUGAUCCAUAGAAAUAGCAGGGAGGAGGAUUUCCCAGACACGCCACAGUGCCUAGUGAGAUCUUAUUACCUUAAGGGACACAGCCAUCUUCUCAGCAUAUCCUCAAAGGAGACAUAAAAAGAGAAAAAAAGGGACCUAUCAAGAGAAGAGAAGAAGAAAAUACCAAUCGAAUCACCUCGAAUCUUAUUCCACAAGCAUUAAAGACUCAAGGAGACUGUUCUGUGCAUAGGCCGUGUGACCCAAGGUGAGGGGUGUAAUGAUGGAGGCAAAUAAUCACGAUGAAGCUUUUGGAAAACCGUGAGUCCAUUGAAUGAGCCCAGCCCCAUUUAUACAACUUCACCGGGAGCAGCUCACUUUGAACGUAGACUCAGUGCUAAGUAUGGGAGCAAAGUGAAGUUUGUCAUCUUAGCUGUCUCUCUAGGCUGGUUCCAUACUAUUUGAAAGGGGAUAAAUCUGGGAGCAUAAGUAUUAUAGCAAAAUAUGUCUACAUAAUCCAUCCCUAAAUUACGUAAAGGGAAGUAAAUCACGGGAAUAGUUUACAACAUCGGGAGGCAUGAGUGAUUAUUAGUAAAGUGAUCGAGUUGAAUUAGAUUGUUUUGAUAGGGUUAAGUAAGAGUAUAAGUUAAACCUAUUUUGAAAUUAUGAUGUGUUUAUUAAGUGCGAGUACAGGUAUAAUAAUGAACAAGUUUAAGAGGUAAAGGGAGAAAAACAAGGUUUAAGUUAUUGGGAAAAAUUAUGAACCAGGUUGGGGGAAAAAUAAAGAAAUAUUUUCAUUAUUAUUAUCUAAGUUAAAUCAUUUGAUACAAAUUCGAAGAAGUUAAGGUUGACAAUAUGAGAAAUCUAAGAAGCUUCAAUAGAAGUCAGAUACUUGGUAAGUGAUUUAGAAGUUGGAGAGGUCUUGAGAGUAAUCAAUGAAUGUUCUACUCAUGAAAAGUAAAAUUAUAUUUUUAUUUGA